CGGAAGUUCCGCACCUGUUGAAGCGCUGCCUCCCUUUUAGUUGAAGUUCUCCACCCAACAGUAAACAGUGGACCGCUACACCUGAGUACAGCCACCUGAGAGGCUCCUGCAAAGUCGCCAACUGUUUCCCUAAUUGUCAGGCCGUAAGCUGGGGUCUAUGGAUAAGUUAAAACGGGUGCUGAGCGGCCAGGACGAUGGGAACGCGGACGGGACAGGGAUACUCGAGAGAGCCAAUCAGGCAUCAACGCUGUCCUGGGGGACACGGAUGAAAGGUUUCCUCCUCUGCUUCAUUCUGGGUGGGGUGUGCUCCAUCCUGGGUACAUGUAUGUUGUGGAUCCCAGGUGCUGGUCUUGCUGUGUUCGCUGUCCUCUAUAGUGUGGGAAACAUCCUUGCUCUGGCCAGCACCAUGUUCCUGAUGGGUCCAUGGAAGCAGCUAAAGACGAUGUGUGCUAAGGAGCGCGCUCUUGCCACAAUCAUCAUGCUGGUCUGCCUGGUGCUCACACUGUGUGCUGCCUUCUGGUGGAAGAGUAACGGCUUGGCUCUGCUCUUUGUCAUCCUUCAGUUUCUGGCCUUCACCUGGUAUGGCCUGUCAUACAUUCCCUUCGCCAGGGACGCUGUCAUCAAAUUAUUUUCAAUGUGUGUAUAGAUCUGAGUCACUUACUGUCUGAGUAGUAAGUGCUCCCUGUGCUGUGGGACUGAGGCCUUAAACAUCACUGGAUGACCUGUCCUCUCCUCUUCUACAGUUGAUGUUUGUCAUCGUAACGGGUUCCUGUUUGUUCUACCAGCAACUUGGAGUCAGUUUCUCUGUCCUUACUAGAUCUGGAUUCAUUUUGAAUUGUGCUUCAUGGUCAGGACACUAGAGCUAGUUUUUUUUUAUUAUUUAUAUUUUAAUGCUGCUUCACAGAAGAAUGAGCAAAAUACCCUUUUUAGUUGUUGAUUACUAAAAUAAUUAAACAGAAAAAGAGCUGCAUUAAUCAUAAAAGUAAAAGCAGAUAUAAACCCCCCAUUUUAUGAAGACCUGCAUUAGUUGGUGCACGGCCACUGAAAAGGACGAAUGAUGCUGCUGCUUAGUACGUAUGAACCCAGUUCUGUGCUAACUCCUCACCCGUUUCCUGCAGUCUGUGGUCCAACCAUUUCAAAACUUCAUCUCAGAAAAAUGUUCAUUAUUUUCUCUGUAAGGCUUUAAUUAACAUUUCAGUUGUCAUUUUAUUAAUUACUUCCCAGCAGGCACACAACCAACCGUCAACUGACCUUCAAUGUCAAAAUAUGGUUGAAAUAAUUUCAGUUAUUGUUGUGACGUUGAUGCAACAUUGAAAAACGUUGAAUGCUGAUGGUUGUAAAAAGGUUAAGAAAAUACUUUUAAAUUAACGUUCAACUAUGUUUCAACGUUAAACUGCCUGUUGGGUUUAGUUACUUUAAUAAAUAUUUAUUCAUCAGUUUGAGAAACUGCAUUCUGAAGUUUGUCAUGCCGUUGAAGAUGUUGAUCUUCAAACACGUCAACCAGGACUCCGUAUGAAGGUAAACAUGUGUUCCUUGCUGUGUGACGUUACCUGGCCCUCGAUUCCAUCGUCGCUCUGCCUGUUAAAUCUGUAAAGCCUGUAAUCUCCACCCUCCCUGGCCACUGAUUAAAACACACUUGGACGUACACACUCCCUUUUAAAGGCUGCAGCAUUGGUCCAUGGAUCAUAUGUCGCUGUGGUGCCUUUAGGAUUUGACCUAUUCUCCAUUACAUGCUGAUGUGAACAGCUUGUUGUGCUUUUCAUCACUUGUAUGACAUUUAAACGUCCAUCAGGAAGGCUGAUUUCUUUAAAAACCCAUGUUUGUGGUACUAGCCAAUAGAUUUACUAAAUAAAUUCAUUUGUACUAAUUCUCA